AUAGUAGGUUUAUUUCAACGAAAUGGUACAGCUCAACUUAUUGUCAUUAUCGUCAUUGAAACUAUCUAUUUCGGUCUUCAAUUAUUUAAAUGUCCAUAUGCAACAAAUCAAAUUAAUAUCUUUUAUAUAACAAUCGGUUUCUUUAGACUAUCUCAUGUCUUGUUAAAUAUCGUUUACCUGCCUAGUUUACAAUUAUCUGAACAUGAUAAACAAGUAGUUGCUUAUGUUCAAAUCUGUUUUCAUAUGCUUUGUUUUAUUCUUCUUUUCUCUUUUACGCUUAAAAAUCUAUUUAAUAUCCUCCUUGGGACAUUAGAUAAUCAAUUUAAAGGACAAAACCCGGUACCUGCUGUCCGUAUGUUAAGAUGGCGACGAUAUAAA